AUCAGAUUUAAUCUCAUUAAGAGGAGACAUCAUUGCAGGGCGUGCGGCAAAGUGUUGUGUUCCCAGUGCUGUAAUUGUAGAGCAAAACUAGUGUAUUUGGACGGCGAAGUGGCCCGAGUUUGUCACGUCUGCUAUUCAACAUUAGCUCGAAUCGCUGCAAUUGAGAGAAAUGCAAACGAUAUGAACCAAUCGAGUCCUUCCACUUUAAGACCUGAUAAUCUGUAUCCCAACUCGGCUUCUGGACCGUCCUCUGCCUCUAACAUGAGAAGUCCUGAUCCCAACAAUCCGUCGGAGUAUUGUUCAACAGUCUCCCCAUUAGAACAGGAACAGGAUCUCAUGAACCGAAUGCCGCCC